AUGGGAACAAAGACAGAGACGCAGCUAAAGAACCAUGGUUAUGAGAUCAUAGGUACUCUCGUUCGUGCUUGCUUAUUGAUGGACUAUGAGCAUACAGAGUUUCUCAAGAUGCAUGAUAUGGUUCGUGAGAUGGCGCUGUGGAUAACAGCUGAUCUUGGUAAGACGAAAGAGAGCUUCAUUGUGAAAACCGGUUCCAAACUAAGAGAUGUCCCAAAGGUUGAAGAUUGGAGCGUUGUGCAGAAGAUGUCGUUGAUGGGAAAUGACAUUGAGAAGAUAGGCGCAGGUCCUUAUGGGACAAAGAAACUCGUAACACUCUUCCUCCAAAACAACAAGCUGGUGAGUAUCUCAGAGCGGUUCUUUCAGUGGAUGACAGAGCUUAAGGUUUUGGAUUUAUCUUCCAAUGAAAGUCUCACCGAGUUGCCUACAGACAUUUCAAAGUUGGUUGCCUUGCAGUAUCUUAACUUAUCAAGUACAGGGAUCAAGAUUUUGCCAGUUGGUAUCAAAUAUUUGACAAAGCUAAUACACCUGAACCUAGAGUUCACACACAAGCUUAAGAGUGUUGUUGGGAUAUCGAAUCUAUUGAGUCUGCCGGUACUAAUGCUAUUUGAGUCCAACAUUCCUCUGAAUAAUGGAUUAAUGGAGGAGGAGCUGAAGUCCUUGGAGCAUUUGAAACUUUUGACUCUAACUCUAAAGGAUGCCUUUGUGCUGGAACGACUCCUAAACAUCCACAGUUUAGUGAACUUUACACGCUACUUAUCGCUCGAUAAAUGUAUACCAAAUGCUGUCAGAAUAUCAUUGGUGGCAGCAGGGUCGAGUGCUCCAUCUGUCCAAGAGGUGGAUAGUCCACUGCAGCACAUGAAAAGUCCAAAUCAUAUGUACUUCCGAAACCUCACACGUGUAGACAUUGUGAACUGCGAAGGUCUGAGGGAUUUGACAUGGCUGAUGUAUGCUCCUUGCCUGUCUAAUCUGCAUGUGGAAAUGUCAUUUCAAACGGAAGAGAUCAUAAGUAGAGAGAAAGUGAUGAAGAUUGAUGGAGAGAAGUUUACUACGCCCUUUCUGAAACUAGAAUCACUCUCACUUGUGUUUUUGUAUGCAGUGAAGAGUAUCUACUGGUGUCCUCUACCUUUUCCUGCUCUUAAGUAUCUAAAGAUACACAGAUGUCCAAAUCUCAGGAAACUUCCUCUAGAUUCUGCAAGCGCCAAGGGGUGUGAUCUUGUCCUAGAUGCUAAUGGAGAGUGGUUGCGAGAUGUUGAAUGGGAGGAUGAUGCUACAAAGAACCGGUUUUGUCCAACCUGA